AUGGCCGUGGAAGUGCAUCUCAACAGGGCGCGCGACCAUCCUCGUUGGCGCACGCUCGUCGACCUGUCUGAUCAGGAUGGCAAGAGAACGCCGUUGGCCAAGCAACAGCAGCAACAACGACAACGCCUUGAACAGCUCAAGCAACGAUUCGGUCUUCCGACCGCGAUCAGCGGCGGCGCUCAUUCCAACGAGGCCGGCAAAUCAACGCCUGCUUCUCACGACGUUAAGGGCAAGUCGAGAGCAUCUGCUAUCCACCCAGCGUUGGGACCCAACUACAGCUCGCAAGAGCAUACACUGCGCAACGAUUACUCUCAGCACUUUGUCGACACUGGCGCAGGUCGGCUACCGGGUAAUGCAGUCCGCAAUCCGUCAUCAAGCUCUCGCUUUCAAGAAUAUCCCAAACUCCAACGUCUCGUUCAGCUCAAGGAUGCGCUCGUCACCCGCGUAGCUCACCCUCCCACUUAUCUCCAAGCCGAUCUCAGACCCUCACUUGGACCAUUCCGAGAUCCGUCUCGCUCCGCAGAUCAGUUCCAUUUGGGCAGUCUCAUCCCUGUCAAGUAUGAUGUCGUGUUGAUCGAUCCUCCGCUCGAGGCUUACGAAUGGGAAGCAUCGCCGGCUGCUUCAACGUCUGCUUUAUCUAGCAGUGCUGACGCAACUUGGUCCUGGGAAGAGAUCGCUGCUUUACCCGUUCCGCAGCUUGCAGCAAAGGAGAGUUUCGUAUUUCUGUGGGUUGGCUCGGGUGCGGGGGACGGCCUCGAACGAGGAAGAGAAGUGCUUGCCAAAUGGGGCUAUAGACGGUGUGAGGAUAUCGUCUGCAUUCGUACCAAUCCGCAGACGGACCAUUCCGGACUCGACAGCCAGCAAGCUUCGAGCACUUCGGCCUUCACUCGCUCCAGCCAGCACUGCCUCAUGGGUAUUCGAGGCACUGUGCGCAGGUCCACUGACGUCCGCUUCGUGCACUGCAACAUAGACACCGACGUCAUCCUUUGGCCAGGUCCCGAACAACGGGAUGAUCUUGGUUCUUCACAAGAGCGGGGGAACGUGGAGCAGUCGCGCUCGCACAUGCUGCCAGACAUGGUCAGCAAACCACCAGAACUUUACCAGACGAUUGAAAACUUUUGCUUGGGCACUCGUCGCUUGGAGCUCUUUGGUCGCAACCGAAAUCUGCGUCGUGGAUGGCUCACCAUUGGUCUCGAAGUAGGACCAGAAGCGCCUGCCUGGCCAGAGGGAGGAAAAGUCGCUCUACCACCCACCGGACUGCCCAUCCUUGCGGAGAAUGGUCCGAGUGACCAGUUGAACUUACAUCUGGAGCGCUUGCAAAUCCCUCGACCGUACGACAAAAUCGAGUACGAUGCCAACUUUGGAGUCGACCGUCCCGGAUGCGAUUUACGAGAUCGCUCCAACUUAGUGCCCUACGUUGAAGAGGUGGAUCAGCUCCGACCAAAAUCGCCGCCACCGAGGGGCGCGAACGAUUCAUUCGUCCGCAACAGCAACCCACGUUACCGUUCAGAGCCGCAGUACCACGACGCUUAUCAGCACGGGGUGUCAGGUACCGCAAUGCCGAACGGCCUCAGCAGCAAUCCGACACUUCGAGGCAUGCAGCCGCCUUUGCAUCCCGAGCAUCCCGCUCUGCACGCAUACACUGGCGCGGGUGCAACAGCCAUGUCGACGGAAUAUCUUCUGCCGUCGACUCUGGCAGCCCGAGUCGGUGGUGGUGGUGGCGCUGGUCUUUCGGGCCUAGGUGCGGGAGGUGCAAGGACUGUCAGCGUCCCAAGUGGAAGCGACACCUUGAGCGGACCACAAGCAACCGUACUCAAGGCGAAAGCAAUGGCUGAAGCUGCUGCUGCGGUCCCCAAUGCUUCCAACAAGUCGGCUGAUGGCUCCAUUGGGUGA